UCACGAAACAAAACGACUCGUGGCUUCGGCAAACAUCGUCAUCUUUCGGCAAACAUCGUCAGCUUUCGGCAAACAUCGUCAUCUAGUCGUCAUAGAGACUCUCGGUCAAGGAUGGAGGAAGAGGCACGCAAGCUGCUGGAGGAAGGAAUAAUAAAGAAACUGAUCAGUCCUGGUAAAGGAGAGCUAUCGACCUUUCCCAAUGGAACCAAGGUGGUCUUCCACUACCGCACCAGCCAGUGCGAUGGCACAAUGCUGGAUGACUCCAGAACCAUGGGGGGCCGCAGCAAACCCAUGGAGCUCAUCAUGGGCAAGAAGUUUAAACUGGCUGUGUGGGAGAGAGUGGUCAUCACCAUGAAACAAGGAGAAAUUGCAGAAUUUACCUGUGACAAUAAGCACACAGCACUAUACCCGCUCGUUUCCCAGUCCCUGAGAAACAUCAGUGCCGGUAAGGACCCCCUGGAAGGCCAGAGGCAUUGCUGCGGCAUUGCCCAGAUCCACUCACACCACUCCCUAGGGCACAAGGACCUGGAUCAGCUUCAGGCCAAUCCACAGCCUCUUGUCUUCACCAUCGAGUUGCAGGAGGUUCUGUGUCCAGGAUCGUUCCAGCUUGACGUGUGGGCCAUGACAGACGAAGAGAAACUCCAGCUCGUUCCUCAGAUCCACGAGGAGGGCAACAUGCUUUUCAAAAAGGGCCAAAUUAAGGAUGCCACAGAGAAAUACUACAAUGGCAUUGCCUGCCUCAAAAAUCUACAGAUGAAGGAGCACCCUGGAGACGAAGUAUGGGUGAAGUUGGACCAUAUGAUCACGCCACUGCUCCUCAACUACUGCCAGUGCAAGUUACUCCAGGGCCAGUACUACGAAGUCAUCGAACACUGCUCAUCCAUAGUCUUCAAAUAUGAAGACAAUGUGAAGGCCUUCUACAAGCGAGCUAAGGCCCACGCUGCAGUGUGGAACGAGGUAGAGGCAAAGGCGGACUUUGAUAAGGUGUUGGAGCUGGACCCUUCUCUGGGGCCGUCUGUUGCCAAGGAGCUGAAAGCCAUGGAGGAGAGGAUCCGCACCAAAGAGAAGGAGGAAAAGGGUCGCUACAAAGGCCUAUUCAACUACAACGCACCACCUGCCACUGCCACUACAGGUUGAAUCUCACAGUGGGUUGGAACAAGAGGAUGCCUGUGAAUUUCAAGAUGGAGGAGAAACGACACUGACUGGUGUUUUAGUUUUUAUCCAUGCACCCAAACCAAACACUCUGCCACCCUGCCCUCCUUGGCACACGCAGACAUACUCUGACACAAUGUCAGGUCAUACACACAAAAUCACGCAUAUAUACUUAGGUGCGAUUUGCAUUCCUGCCUUAAUCCCUCGCUCUCUAAAGGUAAAAAUCUGUCUUUCAUUAGGACAUGCUGACAUUAUUAGCUUGACUUUAAUGAAAGUCCAAAGUCCCACAGAAACCAUGUGUACUGGCCAACAGCAUCAUUAUUUCAGAGCACCACGAUUUUCAGUCUAAGAUAACUUCUCUUUACUUAGCCUGUUAUGGCUUCAGAAAUGUCAACACUCUUAGUAAAUAACUUGCUCUCAGUAAUGGGCUGCUACCUACAGAAUGUUAUCCAUAGCAACACUUUUCACCAGAUUUGCUUUAGAGAUUUUUUUUUAAUUAUUAUUUAAUGAUGAAUUUGUCAGCUGUUUGUGGAGCGUCACUGUAUUGCAAUUUAUAUAGCGAACACCAAUUUGCCACAGUAUUAGAAACAAUUAGUUUAAGCAUUUUAUGUUGUCUUGCUUUCUCUGAAAUAUGUGCAGAGCUGUUGGAUAGUCCUAGAGUUACUCUUAAUUGUACCCAACAAGGAUUCCAGAUAGAAAUGCCCUCUCCUGAGAAAACCAAGGAAUACUUUUUUUUUUUGCACAAGGGACAUCAUGUACUCACAUGCACACCUCUGCCUUGCACCGCCAGACCCCCUCUUCUACCUUGGUCACAGCGGAAGCGCUGGAAUAAGCAGGAUAAUAAGCAGGAGACCAGUAUCUCCUGGUAGAUGCGACUGGCAAACCGAGCUGUCUGUGACAAUCAUUAUAUAACACACGUGGACUUGUGUUAUCUUUGCUUUCUCCUAUGUACUUAUUUCAUAUAUGUAAGACCUAUACUAGUAUAUUAUUUUUGUCAAGAUGUACUCACUAUCUCCGUCACUUGCUUACAAAAAGCUACUCAUUACUCUUCAUGUGAAGCAGCAGGUCGUUAGCCCGACCUGUCUGAAGUGAGAUGUUAUUGAGGUUGUGAUUAUGUAACUGAAAAUAAAUUUGUGUUAAUCCCCA